AGUGGUGCGGCAGUUCAUUCGCAGAACAGACGUGAUCUCAAGAGGACGUGUAUCUCUCAGUGCGCAUUUUGUCUCUGUUGGAAGUAAAGACUUCAGAAUACUGUCGCCGCGAGUAUCUGUGUGUGGGAGAUCGAGUGCGCGCGAGUGUUUGUGUGUGUGCUUAGCGCGUGUGAUGAACGAGCGCAUUAAUUAAAAGAUAAUCAAAACAAAUUAACAGCACACACUUGUUCCAAUGAAACAAUAACUGUAAUACGAAAACAAAAGCAGCCAGCCAGCCAGCCAGCAACCCGUAAUCGAAAAAUCGAACGAAAGGCUUUAUGUUAAAGCUCUCCAGCAAGCCGACCCCAGCGAGCAUGACAGUGACCGGUCUGCGCCAGACGAUGACCAGCCCCACGGUGCCGCCGACUAGCAACACACCCGCGGGCAACAUCUCCAGCAGCAGCAUCACCAGCAUCUCCAGCAGCAACACCAGCACCGGCAGCACCACCGGCAUGGGCAGCCUCAGUCCCAGCCAUCCGGCUGGCCUGCAUCCCCUGACCAGUCCCACCUCGCCGUCGGCCUUGCUGCUGGCCCACCAGCAGCACCUUCUGGCCCAGGCCCAGCAGCAACACCAGCAGCAGCAGCAACACCAACAGCAACAGCAGCAGCAGGCCGCUCUCCAAAUGGCAGCCGCCGCAGCUCAUCCGCCGGCCCAUCACCUGCACAAGACCACCUCCCGACUGAGCAACUUUAGCGUGGCUUCGCUUCUGGCGGACACAAGACCCCGGACGCCGCCCAGUCAGACGGCGGGUGACGGACCCACGAAUCUCUCCAGCUCGGCGGCCACAUCUCCCGUUUCCCAGGCCAGCAGCACGCCUCCGCCGACGGCCAGUGCAGCCGCCUUCCAUCCCGCCGCCGUGGCCCACCAUGCCCACUUUCUGCAGGCCGCCCAUGCGGCAGCAGCGGCUCAUGCCCAGCACCAGGCUAUGGCCGCCCAGCUGCGACAUCAGCAACAGCAACAGCAGCAGCAACAAGCCGACGCCAGAGCCAAUUCCCCGCCCGCCUCCACAAGUUCCACGCCCAGCUCCACACCUGUGGGACUGUCCGGCCCGGGAUCCGGCACCGGAGCCAACGCUACACCCGCCAAAAACGAACGCCACUCUCCGCUGGGCAGCCACACUGACUCCGAGCUGGAGUACGACGAGGAGCUGAUGCAGGAUCACGAGCACGAUCCCGACCACGACGAGGAGGAGGACUCCAUUGUGGAUAUCGAAGACAUGAAUGCGGACGACUCGCCGCGGUCCACCCCAGACGGCUUGGAUGGCAGCGGCGGUGGCAAGUCCCUGGAAUCUUCGCACGGCGUUGGAAACCCGCCGGGCUCGCAGAUGCCUUCCACGAUACUUUCGCCGGCGGCGUUGGCCUCCGGACAUGUGCCCAUCCGCCCGACUCCGUUCAGCGCCUUGGCGGCCGCCGCGGUUGCCUGGACGGGAAUGGGAGCGGGAGUUCCGUGGCCGGGAGCCCGACAAAUGCCACCCUUUGGGCCGCCGGGUCUGUUUCCGGGCCAAGGAUUCGCAGGAGAUGCCAACGAACCCCCAAGGAUCAAGUGCAACCUUCGCAAGCACAAGCCAAACCGGAAACCGCGCACUCCCUUCACCACCCAGCAGCUGCUCUCGCUGGAGAAGAAGUUCCGGGAGAAGCAGUACCUGAGCAUUGCGGAACGGGCAGAGUUCUCCUCCUCCCUCCGCCUGACGGAGACGCAGGUGAAGAUUUGGUUCCAGAACAGGCGCGCCAAGGCCAAGCGCCUGCAGGAAGCGGAAAUCGAAAAGAUCAAAAUGGCGGCCUUGGGCCGAGGAGCGCCGGGUGCCCAGUGGGCCAUGGCCGGGUACUUCCACCCCAGCCUGAUGCAUUUGGGAUAAGUGGCGGCCCAGUUGGUGUGCGAGCACGAUCACCGCCAGGAUCUCGGUCGCCAUCAACGCCCCAUCCAGAGCCAUAGUCCCAAUCCUGGUAACCAAAAAGCCGCCGGAGCUGCUGGAGCGGAAACCCCCAAAAUUUUGCUGUGAUGUUAGCGCAUUUUAUGUUACGAUACCUUCAAAUGUUGUUUCAAAUGCACCCUGUAAAUACGUUAAGUGACGAAAGAAUCACAAUAUUAACCAACCCAACUCUGUAUAUAUCGAAAAGAAAUGCAAGCAGAAAAUGUUUCCUAAUUGUACAUAGAAUCUAGCAUGUAAACACAAUCAAUUACGAGUUUCGUUUUUACAUUUUUGUUUUCGGUUGGAGGGAAGCCAACAAAAUCAAUUGACAAACAAGAAAUAUCAUUUAUUUAUUCGCCCAACUCAAGUCAAUAAGCGUAAAAUCAAGAUAAACUUAAUUGAUAUUUGAUUGUAUUGUAAUUUGCAUUGUAAGUCAGUCUAGCUAAAGGAUCGAUCGUGUAUUUAAAAAAUACUUAUAAGCAUCUAAACUAAACUAAUCUAAAGCUACAACUAUGCCGUUAAAAUUACAUUAUUAUAAUACCACAGACCUAUAAACAUAGUUCAUACAUCCAUAAUAUAUUAUGAAUACCAUAUAGCGUUAAUCCUCUGUAGUUGUUUAAUCAUAAAUCAUAAAACAAAACAAAAAAAUGUGAAAAAAUAAUACAAAAACA